AUGUCAACAAAAUCCCAAAUUUCCAAUGAAUUAAGCGAGAGCAUCGGCAAUGUUUUAGGGAAAAAUGUUAAAAUUCUUUAUAAAUCGCUUAUUCGUAUGGAAUCUAGAGGUGAUAAAGUGGAUAAUCGUGUAUUGGUUGUCACCCCAUUUAGGAUUUUCAUUACAACAACAAAAGUACCAACAAGGAUCGACAAUGGAUUUCACUUGAUGGAGAUAGAAGCGCUAGAGAGCAAGAAGGCGAAUCAUUUGUCGAUAACGCUAAUCCAUGAGCACAAGCCGGUUUCAAUUCUUAUAGGUGAAGAAGGCUCUUCGGAAGGCGUUAUAAAUGCCAUUCACGCGUUGAUAGCCGCGUUUGAUGACUUAUUUCCUAAUGUACCUAUGGAGGACAUCGUAUCAAAGGUAAAUUUACCAUUUCCACUGCAGCCUGUUAGUGGUACGAGAAAACAUUCGACAUGUGGAGAUUUUUCCAAUCAAUAUGCCGCUAUGUGCGAUCUCUGUCAAACUCCAUUUAGAGCGGAGGUAGCGUGGGAUAUAGACACAAUAUAUUUGGCGCAUGACAUCAGAAUGCUCCAUUUGAAAGACUUUGACCACUUGGAUCAGAGGGACCUGAUCCCGCUAGUGAUGGCGCUGCAGCACAACACGUGGUUCGAGGGCGUGUGCGGCGACGGCGUGCGCGUGGGCGGCGAGGCGUGGGAGGCGGUGGUGCGCGCCGUGCGCCAGGCCGCGCCGCCGCCGCGCCGCCUGGCCUGGCGCGCCGCCGCUCUGCGCCAGGACCACGCCGCGCGCCUGGGCCACGCGCUCGCGCGCGCCAGGCACACGCCCGCCAUGCACACGCUGGACCUCUCGCAGAACCAUAUCGAGGAUAAAGGCGCGAUCAGCGUGCUGACGGGGCUGAGCGCCAACCCGGCGGGGCUGCGGCACCUGGCGCUGGCGCAGUGCGGCCUCACCGGCAAGGCCGUGGCGCACCUCGCCGCCGUGCUCGGCGACAGCCCCGCGCACCUCUCCACGCUCACGCAUCUGGACCUGUCGCACAACAAUCUGAAGGAUGAUGUUCAUAAUCUAUAUAAUUUUCUCGCUCAACCUAACGUGUUAACACAUCUCAAUUUGGUUAACACUGAAACUACUUUAGAAAAUAUGUGGGGCGCGCUGCUGCGCGGGUGCGCGGCGCGGCUGUCCGCGCUGCUGGCGGGCCGCAACCCGUGGUCGGCGGCGCGGCGCGCGCGCGACCCGCCGCCCUCCUUCCGCCAGUUCUUUACCGCCGCGCUCGCGCUCGCAGACCUAGACUUCUCCUAUUGCAAAAUGCCGCCCGAUGCUCUCAAGAGCCUCCUCCUGGGGCUGGCGUGCAACGAGAGCGCGGCGGGCGUGAAGCUGAACCUGGCGGGCGCGCUGGCCUCGGCGCAGGCGGCGCACGUGCUCGAGUCCUGCGUGCACGGCGUGCGCUGUCUGCAGGCGCUCGACCUGUCCGAUAACAGUAUGGAAUUUGAGUUGUCCGGUAUAGUGAGAGCAAUAGGAAAAAAUCAUUCAAUAACCCAGCUAUCAUUGAGUAAACUCACAGGCAAAAGAUCUUACGCUCCACCGUUAAUACAGGCUUUAGUACAUGUGCUCCAGGAACCCGACACAGCUUUGACUUCUUUAGAUCUCAGUGAUUGUAAACUUAAGAGCGACCUGUACGGGCUGCUGAACGCGCUGGGCGGCGCGCGGCGCCUGCGCGUGCUGGACGUGGGCGGCAACCUGGCGGGCGACGCGGGCGCGCGCCUGCUGGCCAAGGCGCUGCAGUGCAACUGCACGCUGCACACGCUAUAUAUAGACCGGAAUGCCUUCAGUUUGCAGGGUCUGACGGACAUCGCCACGGCGCUGCGGCGCUCGGUGAGCGUGCGGCGCGUGGAGUUCCCCGGCUGCGACGCGGCGGCGGGCGGGCGCGGCGCCUCCGAGCGGGUCGCUGCACUGUGGCGCGAUCUGCACGAACGACUCGGGCGCAACUCGAGCGCGGGGCAGUGCGGGCGCGUACGCGCGCUGGCGCUGGAGCGCGCGUGGGCGGGCGGCGAGGCGGCGGCGGCGCUGGCGGCGCAGGCGGCCGCCGCGCUGCCGCCGCCGCCGCUGCCCGCCGCCACCGAGCGCGCGGCCGCCGCGGCGCACCACCUGCUGCACCAGUACCUGCAGAGAUGCAGCGAGGUGUUCGCGGCGAUGGGCGGCAGCGGCGGCGGCGAGCUCGUCACGCUGCAGGCCGUGCGCGACGCCAUGGCGCCUUGCAACGCUACAUUGCAGGAAUUGCUCAACGAGGCCGUGGAGCGGCUGGCGCUGGCGGCGUGCGCGGGCGUGGAGGGCGCGGACGGCGAGCGCGCGCCCGCCGCCGACGCCGACGUGCCGGACCUGCUCUCGCCCAUAUCGCACUCGGGGGCGACGCCGCUGGGGUGCCGGCGGCGCGAGCGCGGGCGGCGCGUGCGGCCCAAGUCCGUGGCGGAGCAGCAGCAGUGCAGCAGCAACGAGAUGCUGUCGCUGCCGCCGCUGCACGCUGAGGCGGCCGACGCACUCGCCGACCUGCCCGCGCACACGCUGCGCCAUCUCGUCAAAGGUCGGCCCAGAAGGGUGAAAACCAGAGCGCCAUCGCGUCCUGUCACCGACCAAUCGCAAGAUAUAGACGAAGGUCUGGACGAGUUCUGGCGCACGUGCCGCACGCCGCCGGGCAGCGAGGAGGCGUCGCGCUCGCUGCACUCGCUGUCGUCGCUGGCGUCGGCGUCGCCCGCGUCGCCCGCCUCGCCCUCGCCGCUGCACCGCGAGCCCACGCUGUGCCGCGACGACACCAUGUAUAGUGUUACAUCAGGGGAGAGCACACCGGUUCUUUUAGAGUGUGGUGAGUUAAAAUUGUUUCUUAAUUCAAAUAAU